AACAUAAGCAGCCAUUUUGUAGUGUCGUGGUGCUAUUAAAAGUUGUUCAUCAAAUUUCGUCUAUUUUACAUGGGAGUAUUACUUUUUGUUAUGAUUCGAUAUUUCAUUUCAAACUGAUAGUAUAAUUCAGAUUGUACGAAAAAAAUAUUUAGAAAUUGUAACAAAAUGGAGCAAGACGUGGAAACAUUACAGCGCAGGAUCUGUAAUACUUGUCUUAGUUCCGAUCGUGAUAUAAUUAUAAUAAACGAACAAUCGGAUUUAUUCCAAAUAUUUCGCCUUUUAACUUACGAUUUCGCGGGUGAAGUUGACCCAUUAAGUAUCCAGACACUAGAAGUGUGUUGGGAAUGUGUUGCCAUGUUGAAGAAAUUCACAAAAUUCAGAGCAAAAGUACAAACAGCUCAACAACAUUUACGAGUCAUCAACGAUUCACAUGAAAACAUGGAUCAUACAUAUUUAUCCCAAUCUUUAUCAUCUAUGGAGAUGAUAUUAAAGUUAGGUUAUGACAAAAUAUAUAUAGACACAUCGGCCAAAUUAUUGACGGAGUGGUCAGCUCAUUAUAUAGAAAUAAGUACAUCGGAGAAUAUAAAAAAUGAACAGUAUGAUAUCGCUCAAAUUGUGAGAGAGAAUAUCGAUUUGGAUGAAAAUAUACUAACUGUUCCAUCUAUGGUUAUUGAUGGUCAAACGGUACCUCAUAUCAUGAUAAAUGCUGAACCUUUAGCCACAGAGACGGGUUACAAGGAAUCAAAUAAUUUGAUCAUACCGGAACUUACAGUCAGUUCAUUAGAAAUUCCCAAUUUAAAUGCAAAUGUUGAACAAAUACAAAAAGUUGUAAUUGAAGAAAAACCAGAUUUAAAAGCUGGGUAUACAACGGAAUAUAUGAAUGAAGAAGACAUGCUGGCAUUUAGGGAAGAAGCGAAAAAGAAAUUCGCUUAUGCAAGUGCGUUACAUAAAUGUGAACUUUGUAUUAUUGGUUUCUACACACAACAACAAGUCGAAGAACAUUACGAGCGCGCUCAUAAAGCUAGGGAGGGCACCGCGCCGUGCAAGGUGUGCUACUCGUACGUGGAGGAGGGGCGCGUGUCGCAGCACAUGCAGGGCCACUACGUGCGGCACGUGUGCCGGCUCUGCGGACACGCCGAGGCGACCGUGCGUUGCGCACAGCUGCACGUGCAGACACACCACGAGAAGAAGUUGCCGAGCUCACUCAUCAAGAUCGGGGAUAUUAAGCAAGUUGAAAAAAUGCGUCAGAAAAAGAAAAAAAAAGAUGCGCCAUCGACCACUCCUGAUCCAAAGGGUUUAAGGAAAUUGCUUUCAAAAACUACAAUUGUUGGAUAUCAAUGUUUAGAAUGUGAUAUGUUCUUUAAGAAUUCCCGAGCUCGUAAAGCGCAUGUCGCCAGAUAUCAUAGAGAAGGACUACAAUGUGAUCAUUGUAAGAAGAGAUUUGUGAACAGAACUACAUUAGUUACACAUCUCAAGUUACAUGAAGGUCCACCACCGAGGAAACCAUGUCCUAUCUGUUCAAAACUGGUCCGAGUGGUACAGUUAAAGUACCACAUACAACGACAUCAGAAUAAAGGUCGGUACGAGUGUACCGAUUGUAACAAAGUGUUCUCCUAUCUCACUACGUACCAGGGACAUCUUAAAUACUCGAGGGCACAUGCUUCAGAACAAGUUCUCAAGUUCCCAUGUCCGAUGUGCAACAAGGGAUAUCCUACGAAAGAGGCGAUGCAGGAUCACUUCAACUAUCAACAUCUCGGCAAAACAUCACACAAAUGUCCGCUCUGUGAUAAGCCUAUAGCGUCUAGAGCUAACGUAGAGCGCCAUCUAAUGAGGGUACAUGGAGAAAAGAAGGAGAAACCAAAGAACCACGUCUGUCAGCAAUGCGGGAAGGGAUUCACUGACAAAAAAUCAUUAAAUCAACACGAAGUUAUCCAUUCUGGUGACAGACCAUUAUCUUGUAACAUCUGUUAUCAAACUUUUAAACAAAAAGCAUCUCUUUACACUCACAGGAAGAGAGUUCACAAUAUAACGCCCGCGAAACGAGUCGUUGAAUUCAUUGAUGAUAAAACUAAGAUAGAAGUUAAAUCAAGUUGAAGGUAGAACAAAAAAAAAAAGAAUGUAGGUAGAAGAAGAAAAAAUUAAAAUGAAGGUAGAUGUUAAAUC